GCUCUUAAAGUCUAUCGGCAGCCGGUUCGCUCGGGAUCCACCUCUGGCGCUGGUGGAGGUGGAUCCUAAAAAAAAAAAAAAGGGCUGCGACUUCCAAGGUUUACGGUUCAGGGCGCUACAGCCGGGAGAGAAUGACUGAACUUCGGGCUCUAACUAAGGCCGAAGCGCAGAGUCUCGGACCCGACUGGAAGCACGCUUGCCAUGCCCUUUUAUACGCGCCCAACCCCGGCCGGCUUUUUGGCAAGAUCCCGUUGCGUUUCGCAGUGUUGAUGCAGAUGAGGUUUGAUGGUCGGCUGGGAUUUCCAGGUGGGUUUGUAGAUCCUCGGGAUAUUUCCUUGGAAGAGGGACUAAAUCGAGAACUGUGUGAAGAGUUGGGACCUGGGGCUGCCUCCCUCCACCUGGCUGAGAAGGACUACUUUAGCUCCCAUGCUUCUGAGCAGCCACAGAGAGUGGUGAUGCAUUUCUACGCCAAGCAGCUUAGCUUGGAAGAGUUCCAAAGGGUAGAGGAAGGGGCUAUUCAGGCAAAAGACCAUGGAUUUGAGGUGAUGGGUCUCAUCCGCGUUCCCCUCUAUAUCCUACGUGAUGGCGUUGGGGGCCUCCCAAUGUUCCUCAGCAAUACUUUUAUUGGCAAUGCCCGGGAGCAGCUCAUUCAUGCCCUGGAAACUCUCCAACUCAUGCCAGCUGAGCAACUUCAAAAGGCUAUCAGGAUCCCUCAAAAGAGACAUUGAGCUUCGUUGACUUCGGCUGCUGCCUAUUCACCCUGAUCGCCUCUGGGCUGCAAUCCUGAAAGUAUUUCAAACUUUAGGAACAGGCAACCGCAAGGAAGAUAUGGUCCUCGCUCCAGUCUUCUACCGGGACAUUGUUGCUGAAUAGCUUGGUGCAAGGGUUGGGAGUCUGAAUGUGGAUUCCAAUGAUCAGGUUGUUGCAUAUUUAAAACACGUUGAUUGUGUCACUCGCCUAGAGGUAGGUAACUGAAAGACUGGAACCCUGUUGACUAUUCUAAUCUUCACAGAACACGUUGGUGAUCUGCCUUCCUACAGGGCUGUCACCUCAAGACUGGAUUACUGUAACGCGCUCUACAUGGGGCUGCC